AUGAUGGAAGCAAGCGUUGUUUCCAAGGACACAGGCCACACAAACCCUCUGAAAGGAUCACUUGACACCUCAUCCAUUCCCGCUCCUGCCUCCACACCUCCAUCUUCUCCCCUUUCUCCACCUUCCCUGCCCUCCUCCAACCCUCCGGUCCGGCCAUGUCGUCCCAAACAGCCACUUCCUCCGGCGAAGUCCUCCCAGCUCCCCUCUUGUCCUCCUCUACCUGCGUUCACUCCUCCAACCCUUCCUCCAUCUUUCCCUCCUGUCUCCAAACCUCCACCUCCCCUUCCUCCUAUCUCCAAACCACCCCCCCCACCCUCAUCCAAUCCUCUUCCUCCCUCUGUUCCUCCCCCUCUCUCCUCCAACCCUCCUCCCCCAUCUCUUCCUGCUCCGCUCUCCCCUACUCCAGUCUCUCCUUCUCCCCUGCUUUCUCUGCAGCCAACCAUCUCCUCUGAUCUUACUCCCUCUUUUUCACCUCCUCCUCCAAUAUCACCAACAAUCCUAUCCUCCUCAUCUCCUCCUCCAACUCCUCCAACUCCCCCUGUUAUCCCACCAUCUUCUCCAACUCCUCCAUUGCUGAGUUCUAUAGAUGGGCUGGUUGGGAGUGUCUCUGUAUGGCAGCUCAAAGGACUCAGCCAAGACCAAACCACUAGUAUAAUGGAGAAAGAGACGGCUGGGGCAUUCCUGGUUUACAGCACAGAGGGCAAGGGCCUGACACUGUCAGUACGCGUGCCUGAUGAGCAGGGGCCGCCACUCGUACACAACCUGAUGGUCAAACAACACCAGACAUUUCUCCACUUAGAUGGUUCCUCUCUGGUUUUUGAUGACAUCUUCAAAUUGAUCUCCUUUUACUGUGUCAGCAGGGACAUUCUGGAAACCCCAUUGAGGUUACCCUGGGCUAUUACCACGGCAACUAAGAGAGAGGAUCUGGAGGUCAUCUCUGCUAUGGGUGCAGAUUUCUGGACGUCCCAUCUGAACCAGCAGGCAAAGAACCAGGACCUGGUUUUGGAUGAGAACCACAGUAGACUGUACUUGUAUGUUAACCCAGUCACUGUGGAGGAGAGCCCCAACAACGACCUGAACCACUCCUCUAUCACCACAUCACAUUUCAUCACCAAUCAAAACAUCACCUCCUCCCUGCAGAAUGGAGAAGCCGCACAGAAGAAGAGCGCGGAAGUCAAAGGUCAGACUAAAACCAUGCCAAACCCAGAGAUUAAAUAUAAGCGUCCCCCACCACGUCCCCCCAGCCUGGGCUCAGGGUUUGGGAUGGGCCUCCUCUUCUCCUAUCCCCCCUCGCUUAACACUUCAUCUUCUGCAACUCCAGCAGCUGAGAGAAAAGAGGAAGGAAAGGGUGGAGUAGGUGAGAGAGAAGAGAAGAAGUCAAUGUCAAUGUCACUUACUCCAUCGAGGCCUCCUGUCCCCUUGCAGAGCCGAGCCGCUCCCCCACUACCUCCUGCUCCUCUCCGUCGCACCUCCUCGAGGAAAAGCACUGACCGAGAGGUAGGAGAGGGGACGGAGAGAGAGAAGGGACAAAAUCCUACAAAGAAAACUGAGAGAGAGGGGGGAGGAGAGAGAGGAGAGGAGAAAAACGGAAGUAAAUCAGGUCAGCUGGGUGAGGGGGUUGAACAAGAGAACAGUAGCCAGAAUCAAGAGGAUGAGGGAAAAAAGGAUAGGGAAAAGAGCGAGAAAGAAGAUGACAAGGAGGAAGAAGAGGUGAAAAUGGAUAAAGAGGAUGAAAAACAGAAAUCCAGCCCCCACUGUCCACCAUUACUAAAGAAACCCUCCCGUCCUGUCCCUCCACCAAGGAGGAAACCAUGUUCCCCAGACACACCUGUGAACCCCAACCAGGCUGCAGGAGGAUUAACCAAUCAGACUUCUGGGGUGAGAGUGCCCCCUCCCUCCCCAGCGCGGCGCCCGGAUGUGUCGCUGUACUCACCACAAGGGGGUGCAGUGCUAGUAACCGAUCCCGACUCCUGCUCCACCAGUAGCACAGAGGAAGACGGAGAGCCAAACCAGGAACAGGAGCCAAACCACAAUCACCCAGCAGAGAGCCGCAGCCCUAAGGUAGCUGUAAGAAGAACCCCCACUGUGAUGUUGGACCGAGCUCGCUACCGCCUGUCCACUGUCAUCACCGGCCUCAUCAGCCACGACCGCCGCCUCACACAGCGCAUCGUAGAGCUGGCAAGGGACCCUCUGAGCUACUUUGGUAACCUGGUAAAAGAGCACCGUGCAUUCACCUUGGAGACCAUGUCGAAGCACUCCACCUCCACUGAGCUGCUACAGGAGAUUAGACAGAUGAUAACUCAACUGAAGAGUUACCUUCUGCAGAGUACAGAGCUGCAAGCUAUGCUGGAGCCACAACAUCAGUAUACACAAGAGAAACUGGAUAACAUAGCGGAGGCUGCUCUGUGUAAGAGUGUACUGAAGCCACUGAGGGAGCCAAUUUAUCAGAGUCUGGAGAAACUGCAUAACAACGACAGCAGCCUAAAACAACUGGCACAGAACCAGUCUAUCGUCCUAGGCAGCACCACCACAGCAUUAGGAAUAACCACCGCCGUCCCAGAAGCCUCUGCUAUGGAGAAGAUCAGCAUCAAAAUGAACAACCUCCAUCUGGAGUAUUCUCCACAGAAAAAGAUUGAGCUUAUGCUAAAAGCCUGCAAGAUCAUUUAUGACUCCAUGUCUGUCAGCUGUCCAGGGCGGGCCCAUGGCGCUGAUGACUUCCUGCCUGUAAUGAUGUAUGUCCUGGCUAGAUGCAAUCUGUCCGGCCUGCAGCUGGAUGUUGAAUACAUGAUGGAGUUGAUGGACCCAUCAUUAGCACUAGGAGAAGGUUCCUAUUAUCUGACCACCACCUACGGGGCUCUGGAGCACAUUAAGACGUUUGACCAGCAGAGGUCAGCAACACGGCAGCUCAGCAGAGAGGUUCAGGACUCCAUCCACCGCUGGGAGAGACGCCGCACACUCAACCAGGAACGCAUGUCCCAAGGAUCUGUUCGGGACUUUCUGACAGUGUGUUGUCCAGUGAUUGGAAGCAACCUAAAAACUCUGGGUGUCCUCCCCACCACAACGAUGCAGCAGCUAGCUGAGCAGUGUGCUGCACGCUUUGAACAAGACUCCUACAUGCUCAGUGUGUAUUUGGAUGGUGUUCACCAGCACCUAGGUCCUACAGAGCUGGCCCUGAGUGUAAAGAACAGUUCCCAACCUGGAGCUUACUGCUUUGUCUAUCACCCUAUCGACCAACCCAUCGAGCAGCCGGCCCGCAGCUGCCCCACUGACGCACCUCCAGCUCCACCUGAGAAAAGCUUUGUGCCAGGCGACUUCGAAGCUGCGGACACAGUGGAGCCAGAGGCGGAGGAGGAGAGUCUGAUUAGCUUGUAACUGCUCCAGCAUCACAGUGGCACCUGCUGUAUUGCUAUGGUAACUACAUCACUGUGGUGACAGCACUGUGGUGACUGCAUCAACAAACUAAAUGCAGAACACUGAUGUUGUAUCUCAACAUGGGGUCUGGAACCCUAGGGAUUGAGGAUAUGGUCUUAUAGAAUGUAAAAAUAAAUGUUAUUCUAACAUGCACAUAUAUGAUCAUGUUUAUACUCUUUAUACUCUAUGAAACUUGUUGCUACUCUUUCUGACGCUUAAGACGUAACUGAUUAUUGGUUCAGGAUUAUAGUAUCUGUAAUUUCUUUAUGAAAGUUCACAGUAUUCAGAUCAAUAUACUUUGUGAAAAAUAGCUGCUAAAACACUUGUUUAAGGGUGGACAAGGACUUUGAGGCGAUUUCUAUUUAAAGCACAGAUAUAGUAGCAGCUAUAUGGACAACAUCUUCCAUUUUCAUUCCAAAUUUCCGCAUCAAAAUGUUUUUUAUUCCACAUUUGUCGAUAUUAACUGAUUGUAUUGUAAAUAAAUGUUGCCUUUACAAUUUGCCAAA